CGGACUCCUGCUUAUGCCUUGACCAGUCUACAUCCCACGAUUUCCUCCUGCUGCAGUCAUCAUGAAUGUCUCGGGAUCUUUGGCUCUCAUCGACAAAGCCUCGAACAAGCCCGAGGGACGCCUAAACAUCCCAGUUUUUGGUCUGAACACCUAGGAGUUGCUCCAUGGGGGAAAUGUUGUCGAUUUCUGCACCAUACCCUGCGGCUCGCCUCUCAUUGCCGAAGAACUCAUCGGGCAGCUUCGGCACACAACAUGCUCGCUAGCGAUCUCACCCUUGUCCAUGUCAGCAUAGCCAUUUUUGAUUGGUAGAUAUUCUGACCGGUAAGCUAGGCCUUGCAUAUCAAUCGCUGGCUGGUGUUCGUGCGGCUGCAUUGAAUCUAAGCCAUCGGUUGGUCUGCUCCGCCGAGUCCUGCCCAUCUUCAGCAGACAGGACGAUUGUCAGCUUUGAUCCCAGCCCAAUCUGGAGAGGACGGCUUAGUUUGCACGACUUCAGUAUGCCAUCUGACCUUGCACGGCCUACCCCGCCAUGCCAUGCCAUACUGCUGAGGGCUCAAUCAUACCAGUGACAUUCAGCAAUGCCCCUCACUUCUAUUGCAAUCGGGCGCGAUGUGGCAUAAGGAGAGCAAACACAGCCAGUCCAUGCAUGGUCGCAGGCGCAUCACUCAUAGGUAUGUAAUUGUCCGUUUGGCGGCUCUUUAUAACCUCCUGAUAUACCCCUCCUUGACCGCCUCGUUGCCUAGUUUUCCAAUCUUCCUGCCCAUUUCCACUUGCUGGCAAUCAAAGAUCUUUCAAAUCGUAUUUGUGUUGUUUCAGGCGUCCUUCAGCCUGAUAGGGUGGCUGGGUGCACCUGCUUGCAACAGCUAACUGGUCUUUUUGAUCAAGCUAAAGCUCAGCCUCAUCCAGCAUGGGGCGGCGCCGUCGGCAGAGUGGUCAUCUCCAAGGACACUUCCCUCUUGCAAAUGUCGCUCCGCGACCGAGGGGUCUGUCAUCGACCCAGCAAACGUUUGCCUCAGGGCCGCAGAAUCCACACACCAGUGUUCGGCAAGAGCCAUACCAGCAGCGCGCUGCACAACAUCGGUACAGCGAGGCAACAGAUCCAUUGAGUCCCGUCAGUAACCGCUCAACGCUUUCUCAUGGUAGCUGUGUACAUUCUGCCACCACGAGCUACACCAGCCAUCUUGCCGAAGCGAGGCAUCUUUCACCCGAUCCGCCCACCCCAACGAGCUCGAGUAUUUCGACAUACAACCCCAAUUAUCAUGCGCAUAAUGCCCACGGAACUUCUCGGCAGCCUCAGAGCUUCACGUCCGGCAGCACGGCGGAUCCAGAUGUACAGAUGACAGAUGUCCUUGGCAUCGAUCUCCGUCUCUCAAAUGCCCAAACUCAACAAUACAUCGGGCUUCCUACCCAAUAUGUGUCCGACCGAGGACCGUCCCCUACAAGCCAUCAAAGAUAUCCACACUCGAACGAGCCAUGGGCUCCAUACCCGUUUCGCCACGAAGAUUUAUACCUCAGUGAGGAAGAAACUCAUCGGGCCUCGGGACAACAAAUCCAAGAAGAUGUGCAGACGCAAAACUCGCGAGAGAGACGAGGAGGUAGGACAAGGCCAUUGUCACCUGCCGCGAGGAAAGAGGCUAGCGACGUCCGGAGAAUGGGAGCUUGUCUUCGCUGCACGAUAAUGAGAGAGAAGUGCGACCUCCAGCGUUCCUGUCACAAUUGUUCCACGAAGGAACGGCGAAAGUUCCCAAAAGCCUGCAUCCGUGCCCAGGCCGACUGGCAAAAGCUUAAACAUAUCAUGUUCCCAAACGAGCUGACCAAGCCCUUGCGGUCCGGGCAUCUUUUCCCGUAUCUCUCUAAGGCUUCGUUUACAAUGUGGAACCGUCCUCACUUCAAAAUCCCACUGGAUCUUCACGUCGGCACACCUCUGCAAGUCACGGUCAAGGAGUUUCAUGCCUUGGACUCAGCCCCGGAUAUCCAAUAUGCAUAUAAGCUGAUCCAAGAUCCAGCGGGCCACGAAACUUACCGCAGACACCAGGUAUGGAGUCCACCUAUCAACGUUUUCAUCCAAGAUGGUGAGCUUCAACGUGUUGUAUAUUCUCUGAAACGGCAGAUCAAAGCAAUCUUUGAACAAGUGCUUGGUGAUCCGAAAAGCUGGGACCAGUGGACCACGAAAUACUUUCCCUCCCAGGAAGAGGACUUCCAAACGGAUAUAUUAUGCUGGAUUGGAAGAUAUUAUAGAAGCAGCAUCGAGGAGCAUGUGGUCCUCAAAAUCGCUUUGAGCCUGCUAUGGUACGAGCACCUGCUCCUCAUGAACUUUGAAGUUCUUGCCGAAGCGGUGCCCUUUCUUGAAGCCAGCCUCGAGUCGGGUCGGCCGGCAGGUUUACCCCGUGGCAUCCAAACAGCCCCAGAAACCAUCAACCGGUUUCUCAAAGGCAUUAUUCUGCCGAUGGCGGAAGAAGCGGGACAGGUGCUACUCGAAAGACUCCAUGAGCUGAUGUUCAGGAUGGCAGUGAGCCAGAACUUGUCCAAAGGGCGCACCGAUAUUGCGCUGUGUCUGGCUUUCGUCCUCUUGAUUUUCCUGGGAAGAACUCAGCAUACUUUGCUCCUACUUGCCGAUACUCCCGAGACGGAGCCUGGCCGGCACUAUACUGCCGAAGAUGCAGAAGCCAAGAUACACGAAAUGGAGGAGUCUGUCACAGACUAUGUGCUAUCCUUCCACAAAUAUACGUUGAGCAGGAAUACGUCAAAGUCGCCAAAAGCUUCCACAGAAGACGACUCAGCCUUUGAACGCCACGCCAAACAUUUUGAUCUGAUUGGACGGUUGCGAAAAGAGGUUGGCCCGGAGUAUGGUAAGCUUGUCACUUCCAGUGCUUGCUCCCCCUCUGACCGAGCUGUAGUCGACAAGAGACCCGGUAGUCUGGAGGUAGGUGCAUUGGAGUUUGAGACGUUCCGACAUACAAACGUCCCUCGGCUUUGCUGGCGGCUCCUCCAGAAUCUGGAGCACGAUAGUUCCGCCUAGCACAGGUCUCAUGUAUGGAAGUUUCGUGGCCAAACAGUCGACCAUGGAGAUAGCUGUUAACAGCAUUAUGCCUCGAAGAGUCGGUAAUCACUGAAGUUUCGAGAGUUGUGACCAAUCGCCCAAUAUCCCACUGGAGAUUUACAGGAGAUUUCCUGGUGGAUUUGAACGGAAUGGGGUCGAUGGACUGGAUGUACGAGACAGCGCCUCAGCCCCACGAGCUUUUGAAGCCUUGGGCAUCGAUUGAGGUAUGUGAUUGAUUGUGAUUAACUGUACAACGACACUCGGCAUCCAACUCUCGAUUCGCAGUUGUGGACUCAAGCACAAUGACGUCACCAUGGCGAGACAACUAGUAAAACGUUGAGCUCUAAAAUGAUAGAAAUUCUUCAAUACGUUUCA